AUGAGUGUCGAUGCGUAUGGACCCAGUAGCCAAACUUUGACCUUUCUGGACACUGAGGAAGCCGAUUUAAUUGGAGCAGAUACUCAAGGAAGUGAAUUUGACUUCACAGACUUUACUUUGCCAUCUCCGAGCCAGACUCAGGCUUCGCAACAUGAUUCCGCUCAGAGUCAGCCCAACCAAUCUGUCCAGAUUAAUGGAACUAACGGAAGCUCGGCAUUGGACUUGAAAAUAUCUGGUGCUGCUCAAAACCUCGCAGAACUACAGUUCGAGGAAGAAGAAGAGGAGGCUUAUUACAACCGCGAUUUGCCGGAUCAUGCGUGUAAAUACUGCGGUAUUCACGAAGCUUCGUGUGUUGUUAUGUGCAAUGUUUGCAGAAAGUGGUUCUGCAAUGGACGAGGCAACACAUCGGGGUCACAUAUUAUUAAUCAUCUUGUUCGUGCUAAGCAUAAGGAAGUUACACUGCACAGAGAUGGACCAUUGGGUGAAACAGUACUAGAGUGCUACUCUUGUGCCGUAAGGAAUGUCUUUGUUCUCGGUUUUAUCCCAGCAAAAGCCGACUCUGUCGUUGUCUUACUUUGCCGACAACCAUGUGCUGCUCAAAGUUCAUUAAAAGACAUGAAUUGGGAUCAAGAGCAAUGGAAGCCGCUGAUAGAAGACCGUAGUUUCUUAUCAUGGUUAGUAAAAAUCCCCUCCGAGCAAGAGCAACUCCGAGCGCGCCAAAUAUCCGCUCAACAGAUAAACAAACUCGAAGAGUUAUGGCGCGACAACGUAGACGCGACUUUCCAAGACCUUGAAAAACCCGGCGUCGAUGAGGAACCCCAACAAGUUUUACUACGGUACGAAGACGGCUAUCAGUACCAGAACAUCUUCGGACCACUAGUCAAGCUCGAAGCGGACUACGACAAGCGGCUCAAAGAAUCUCAAACCCAAGAAAACAUCGAAGUCCGCUGGGACGUGGGCUUGAACAAGAAAACCAUCGCUUAUUUCAUGCUAGCAAAAACCGACGGAGACAUGAAAUUGAUGCACGGAGACGAGCUGAGACUCAGAUACCUCGGCGAGCUUCACAAACCUUGGUCCGGAAUCGGACAUGUAAUAAAAAUUCCGGACAAUUACGGCGAGGAGGUCGGAAUCGAGCUGAAAAACAAUUCAGGAGCUCCAACAGAGUGCGUGAGUAACUUUGUCGUCGACUUCAUCUGGAAGAGCACCAGCUUCGACCGAAUGCAAUUAGCCUUGAGGAAGUUCGCCGUCGACGACACUUCCGUCUCUGCUUACAUCUACCACCGUCUCUUGGGCCACGAAGUCGAAGAAGUUCUGUUCCGUUGCCACCUCCCAAAACACUUCAGCGCUCCGAACCUUCCUGAUUUAAACCGUUCCCAAGUAUACGCCGUUAAGCACGCGGUCCAGCGCCCCCUGUCUCUUAUUCAAGGACCUCCUGGAACGGGCAAGACGGUCACCAGCGCCACAAUAGUCUACCAAUUAGUGAAGCAAAACGGUGGCCCUGUUUUAGUCUGCGCGCCUUCUAACACUGCCGUGGACCAACUUACAGAAAAAAUCCACAAAUCUAACUUAAAAGUCGUGCGCCUUUGCGCCAAGUCUAGAGAAGCUAUCGACUCUCCGGUGAGCUUCUUGGCGCUGCACAACCAGAUCAAGAACAUGGAGACCAACACGGAGUUGCAAAAGCUCCAACAAUUAAAAGACGAAACCGGAGAAUUGUCAUCAGCAGACGAGAAGCGGUACAGAUUAUUAAAAAAAGCCUCAGAAAAAGAACUUCUGGAAGCAGCUGAUGUAAUUUGCUGUACCUGUGUUGGAGCUGGUGAUCCACGGUUGCAUCGUUUGAAGUUCCACUCGAUAUUAAUCGACGAAAGCAUGCAAGCAACAGAGCCCGAGUGCAUGGUCCCAGUUGUUCUUGGAGCCAAGCAGUUGAUCUUAGUUGGUGAUCAUUGCCAACUGGGUCCUGUGGUGAUGUGCAAGAAAGCAGCUCGCGCUGGCUUGUCCCAAUCUCUCUUUGAACGAUUAGUCGUUUUAGGAAUUAGACCCUUCAGACUAGAAGUACAGUACCGGAUGCAUCCAGACUUGUCAAGGUUUCCUUCAAACUUUUUCUACGAAGGCUCGUUACAAAACGGGGUUUGCGCUGACGAACGUAAGCUCGUAAAAAUAGACUUCCCCUGGCCGGUUCCGGAGAAGCCGAUGUUUUUCUACGUGACUCAAGGCCAGGAAGAAAUUGCUGGUAGUGGGACCUCGUACUUGAACCGCACGGAAGCUUCUAAUGUUGAGAAAAUAACAACCAGGUUCUUGCGCUGCGGAGUCAAGCCUGAGCAAAUUGGUGUGAUUACGCCUUACGAGGGUCAGCGAGCUUAUUUGGUUCAGUAUAUGCAGUACCAGGGUUCCUUGCACGCUAAGUUGUACCAGGAGAUUGAAGUCGCGAGCGUUGAUGCUUUUCAGGGCAGGGAGAAGGAUAUUAUUAUCAUGUCUUGUGUGAGGUCUAAUGAGCAUCAGGGAAUUGGAUUCUUGAACGAUCCAAGGCGGCUUAAUGUUGCUCUUACUAGAGCUAAGUAUGGGAUUAUUAUUGUGGGGAAUCCAAAAGUUCUGUCCAAGCAGCCGCUCUGGAACCACUUGCUGAAUUUUUAUAAGGAACAGAAGGUUCUGGUUGAGGGACCUUUGAAUAAUUUGAAGGAGUCGAUGAUUCAGUUUGCUAAACCAAAGAAACUUGUUAACUCUGCGAAUCCUGGAUCGCAUUUCAUGUCCACCUCGAUGUACGACGCGAGAGAAGCUCUUAUUCCAGGGUCGGUUUAUGACCGCACCGGACAAGUUAAUGGGCAGUCGCAUAAUCCGUAUUAUCAACGGAACAUCCCGUUGGAUAUGUUCAGCAGGACUCAUGAUACUAUUAGUUAUAUUAGUCCUGAGCGGGCUCAAGCUGCGAUUAAUAAUGUCCCGGUUCCGGUGGGGAUGUUCAUGAACAUGGCGCAUGUUCCUCCCAGGUUCUACAAUCAGCACCAGCAGGCCUUGCAGGCUAGACAGAAUGUCCAAAGGAACAGGAGAGGGGUCAAGAAGAUGCCCGUUGGACCCAGGAUGGGCAAGUUCAGUCAGAGUGACAUUAACACCCAGCCGUAUAAUAGCCAAGGAGGCGCUUUGCCGCUUACGCAAGGCACUACUCAAGGGAUGUCUCAGCCCGGGUUUAGUUUGUCCCAGCCGGGAUUAUCUCAAGCAGAGUUGUCUCAGGACUCGUUCGCGGUUGGCGAUUUUCAGUCUCAGAUGGACGGACUGCUCAGUCAGGACUCGACUUAUCAAGGAGAUAGAAGUGGGUUCUAUCAAGGACAGUCUCAGCCCAGUGGACAAUUCUCACAGCCGUACUGA